ACCCGUUAGUUCACCGACUCCGAUUGCCUACGAAUAGGGCAUGCCAUGGCUCCUCUCGCACCGACCGUUCUGACUCUUGUCGUGUUUCUGUUUCCUUCGUCUUCUGCUUCUGAAUAUUCUGCCUACUUGAAGAAAGACUUUUCAGUUUCGCCAGAACAAACAGAUGGUUGGUCUUUCUACGGAAAAACGGUGGUUGACAGCCCAUACAUACGUUUAACUCGAGAGUUGCCCGGUCAAGUCGGUGGCAUGCACAGUGUUGUUCCUGUGACGUUUCGGGAUUGGGAGGUUCGUAUUAGCUUUCACGUGCAUGGCGCCGAGAAAAACCUCUUCGGCGACGGCUUUGCUUUCUGGUACACAGAAUCUCCUUCACUAUACGGCAAAGCAUUUGGCAGUCACGAAGUUUUUCGUGGCCUUGGUAUAUUUUUUGACACAUACGCCAAUCGCAAGGAGCAUCCUCGGGAUCACCCUUACGUCAGCGCUAUGAUCAGCAACGGGAAAGUUGCGUACAAUCACGACGAGGACGGCGCCGACACGGAGCUUAAGGGUUGUUCCAGUGACUUCCGAAAUCAGGAACAUGCUGUAGCAACUAUCCGCUACGUCAAAAAUGAGUUGUCUGUAUCACUCGAAUACCCUGACAAGAGCGAAACGUUAGUGUGUUUCAAAGUGGAAGAUGUACUCCUGCCCGUCGGCUACUAUUUCGGAGUAUCUGCUGCUACCGGCGAUCUAUUUGAUAAUCACGAUAUUUAUUCUAUCCGGACAUAUGAAGUCGCUGCUGAUCGUUCGGUAUGUUUUUGGUCUGGUUCUUUCGGUUCUGUUCUACUUCGUAUUGCAAGAUACCAAUUGAGAUGCUGAACGACACAUGACAUACUGCUCAGCUGAUUGUUUUUUCCACACCCAUUCAUGCAGACCAAAACCCCUUGGACUAUGAAAAGCAUGUUAUUGACUCGCUAACUCAAUCAACCAACUGCAUCUGAUCCACCGGCUAGUCAAUUUACGAGUCUUAUUAUGUAACAAACUCAGAUAACAACACCUAUGUUCCUCUGUUCGAACUCUGUUUCCGUAAUUUCUUUUGCUCUCCAUCACGACGUGUCUUGUACACCGAGUUGCUACAGGUUUCUUUCCGUUAAACUUGAAUGCCAGGAUAUGUUUGUUACCCACAAACACUUAAUUACAUCUAUUGAAUUCGUCUAAGCAGCUCAGGCGACCUUAUUACCAAUCCGGGACAGCACUAGACGGCCGUUUCACCCCAUUGGAUCUGCCGGCUGCCGAAGGGAUGAGGCAUCUUCUUUGUAACUCAAAGGUCAUCGGUUCGAACUUGCCUAACUGCAGGCGACAUCGCAGUGUCUCUAGCCCACGUGCAACUGGUGGUAGUCGCGUGGCAGUUAUGCGUACCAGUGUAUUGUUGGUGCGUUGCUUCGCCCUGUUGGGGCUCGUCACUAGUGCGCAUCGCCCGGCUCCAUCAGGAACCGAACCUAUGGCCGGUAGCAGCUUAUUCCAACUAGCCAGCAGCUUUGACACUGAGCCACGGGGAACGGUGACAGACCAUCCUGGCUUGCAGUCUAAGUGAGAUAUAGCACGACCCAUCCUCCACUGCCAUGCAAAUUACUACCCUUGCAGACGUCAGCGGCUGACCCCCACGAGGUCAUGGCUUCCCAUAAUAGCAGCUAUGUAUGCAUGACAUUUGAAGGCUAUGAUGGCAUACUCAUUUGUCUGUAUUUGUUCCAUUUCAAUCGAAUCACCUGUCUGUGACUACCAAGUCACGCCCAUUUCCUGUAAGCGAGCACAGACAGUCAUGUUGCAACCGUCCUUCUUGACUGAGCCAGCAUCCAUUUUAUCAGUUCUUUAAUCCAGCUAUUAACAUCUGCGUUUUACAUCAUUCCACUGGUUAUCACCUUGUAAUUUAUCCAAUCACUCUUCAGCCUGAGGAGUUGUCGGUUGAUGCCUCGCGAAUCGAACCGUCAGCUGGCGUGGGAUCUUCCCCAAGAGGUAAGUGCUGUUGCUCUGUGCGUUUCAUCACCACCCUCCAUCUGGCCGUUUGAUAAUCUUUUUUCAUGAUGCGAUAAGCAGUAAACACAUGGACCACUCUGCUGUUAAAUUAACUCUUAAUAUAAACCGCCGUUUACUCAUAUUUUCACUGUGAUGUUUUUCACAAUGGGCUGUACCAUGUUCCCAGAUAAACAACUUUAUGCCAUAAUGGUCACAGCGAAGGCCUUAUUCAUUUCCGCAUUGUGCUACUUAAAAUAGGAUCCAAUGGCGGCAUGAUCUGGUCUAGUGUAACGGGUAUGUAUUUUGAAAUUUAUACAAAUAAAAGCACUUCGGGGGAAUCCAUUCUGUAGCAACAAGAAGUAUGCAAAUUUUUGUUAAAUUGUGGUGUGCCUAUCGCAUAACCAGAUUGUGACACGCUGUCCCAACGUGGGGUACACUUCGAAGUAAUCCCCUGUCAUUCCGACCACUGGGAUGGCGUACUGAGUUAAAUUCGUGCUGCUGUGUUAGACAAGUUCAAACUUCUGACUGUACAACUUAGUAUGGACGCUUGGCUUAACUUGAUAUCUCGGUCCGGAAACUGUUUCGCUGCACACUGAGAUUGACCGCAUGUUAUAAACAAAUAAAUAACUAGUGUACUUCUAUGGUUACCGAGAUUGAAGGUGAUGCGUACUUCGUCCUGACAAACGCCGUUAUCGACACUUUAGCAUUGGUUCGGGGCGCAACAUGUAUGCCCAUCUACUUGUUCUUUGUGUCUAUAUGCGUGAACCCAAUUAAUUAAGUGCAUGUUACACGUCGGAUAGCCUUGCCUACAGAUCGGAUUGCUUUUAGUACCAUGGUAUCCCGAUACCGUUUUCUGUUACAUUACUAAUUACAAACCGUUUGUUGGCAGACUUGACGGGUUCGUCCCUUCUACGCGAUCCUUCAUAUUAACCGACAAAUCUACAUAAUGCGGUAGGCGUAUAUUGACUAAGCAAUUUAGGCAGACCACUAUCAAUGUCGUCUUAAUUUUCCAUCCGUUGUGGUCGCAUUCGGCUGGGUAGCUGAUCACUUCAAGCAUUCUGAUUAGCCUGUACUCGCUGAACUCCAUUCACCCGUACUUUGCUCUGGCCGCAUGUCUUUCGACGUUGCCUGUGCUCUCAUGCUCUUCUGCCUUACACACCUGUUUGCCUGAAUUACUUGUGUCGUAAUAUUGUCUCUGGGCGGAGCAGUGAAAGUAGUAAAGGAGCGCUUUUGCCACUGUCGCCGUUUUUUCAAAGUACCGGGUGUGGUGUUGACAAGGUGUAGACAUCCCGACUAUGAACGUCAGCUCAGCUUUUCCAUAAAGUUUCUCUUCUUGUUCUUUAUUCAAAUGGUUAUGUUACACAGAAGUGCCACCACAAAUUACAGUCAUUUGUUGUUGCCUCGUGCUUAUUAUCCCUUAAUGUCUUGCCUUUGUUGUAUCAGUCACCUCAGCUGAUUGAACUCUUUGUUUUCAUUCUAUCAAACUUUCGCGGUAACCGCCAGAAUGCUCAUUUCAAGUUGCUAAUUAUGUUCGCUGUUUCCCGCUUGCCACUGCCACCCCGCUCAACAACUUGGUUGACUGUUUUUCUCCCAUUUUUAGCCUCGAUCCCAGAAUCUCCUCAAUCGUCUUCUGCCGGCCGCACGUUCCUAACUUGUAUUUACUGGCUGUUCAUCCUGGCCUCUUUGUGCGGAUGUGUCUUCUUCGGCUAUCGGUACUACUGCAAAAGGCAACGGGAACUGAAACGACUAUACUAAACCCGACAUAUCCGGCAUUGCAAUGUAAGAGCAGUUCCACCUACUCGACCCCACACUAAACCAGUCUUUUGUACAUCAGACUGUACAACCUGUGCUUUUGGCGCUGCUGCCUGCGCGAACCGCUCCGCCGAUUUCUUACAAUCAUUCUACUUCCAGAACUGUCCACUUCGGUUGACCGAUUCCUUUUUCAACUAUUCAUUUUAUUCACACAGUCGAUUUACCGCACUCUGAUGAUUACUCGAUGUAUUUUUUUGACCAUUACAUGUUGCCUUGGACAAUAUUGCCUUCAUAUUUGUUGCCUCGGUCGCUUCACCGUUUUUGAAGCUCCAAAAAGUAUCUUUCCGAAUUUCUUUUAAUCCCUCCGACUUCUCAACCUUUCUCUCCCGUUGGAUGAAUUGCGGGCGUACGGGACGUCUAUCUUUGUGGUAGAGCCGCAUCACUGUUUUGCGGUAAUACCUCGCGGUUAAGGACCAUGGUUCAUUUAGGCACUCUUCUUUUUCUGCGAUAAACUGGGUCCCAAAAACACUUUAAGACGCGAUAGCGUCACUUCCUAUUCAACCAAACACCUUUCUCUGU